ACCAUCAUUCGUUGGGAAUCAGUGACGCAGCUCAGUCGUCUCAGUCGCUCGCACAUUCAUUUUUCAAUUUCACUCUUUGACUUUUUCUCGUUGCAAAAUGUCAUCUGAACAAUCGAACGAACCAGUUGCCGCAGAAGUCGACGCCGCCAUUACGGCCGAAGCUGAAGAGAAGAAGGAAACCAAAGCCGAGAGUAUGGAAGUCGAGACUCCAGCUGCGGAUGCUCCAUCGGACGAUGCUUCUGUCGAGUCGUCUCCAGCAGCUGCAGAAAAACCAAAAGGUAAAGCCAAAGCUCCAGCCAAGAAGAAGGCCGCUGCUGCCCCCAAGAAAGCCGCUGCUGCUGCUGGACCAAAAAGAGCGGCAAAGAAGGUCGCUGCAGCCCCUGCUGUUGCUGCUGCUGCACCCGCCAGCCCACCGAAACCUGCUGUUGCAGCCGCGUCUCCAAAAGCCAAAGCCCCGGCUGCUGCCAAGAAACCGGCCGCUAAAGAAUCGGCUUCCGGUUCUCAUCCGCCUUACCUUGAGAUGAUCGUUGCCGCCGUUGAGUCUUUGAAGGAACGCAGUGGAUCAUCCCGACAGGCCAUUCUCAAGUACAUCACGUCAAACUACAAUCUCGGAGUCGACCAGAAAAUGGCCAACGUUCAUUUGAAACAAGCCCUUAAGCGCGGCAUCAGCGUUGGCACCUUGAUGAACACCAAAGGAGCUAAAGGAGCUGCUGGAUCAUUCCGCAUUUCGUCCGAAAAGAAACCCAAAGCUGCACCUGCCGCUGCCAAGAAAGCGCCCACUUCUCCCUCGGUCGCUGCCAAGAAGAAGGUCGUCGUAAAGGCUUCACCCAAGAAAGCUCCUGCUUCACCAAAGAAGGCCAAAGCGGCCGCUGCCGCCUCUCCAGCCAAGAAAGCCACCGCCGCUGCUGCUGUUGCUGCUCCCGCUGCCAAGAAAGCCAAGACUGCAGCUGCCGCCAAGAAGAAGGCUCCUGCAUCAGACAAACCAAAGGCCACCAAAGCGGCCGCUGCUGCUGCUGCUGCCCCUGUUCCAUCAUCGCCCGUUGCUUCAGCACCCAAAGCUGCGGCCAAAGUGGCCACAACCAAGGCUGUCCCGGCUGCUUCGCCCAAGAAGGCCGCCGCAGCCAAAGCUCCUGCUGCUGUCAAGUCCCCAAAGGCCAAAAAGGCCGCAGCUCCUAAGAAGGCUCCUGCUUCACCCGUUGCUGCACCAAAGAAGGCCGCCGCACCCAAAGCUGCAGCUGCUAAAGCCGCAAAGGCAGCCAAGUCCCCCAAGGCCGCUGCUGGAGCCAAAAAGGCUGCAGCCAAGAAGUAAAUCGUUGUCGUCUUCGUCGUCAUGCAUUUCUUGUCACCAUUUUUUAUUGUCGUUAAGUGAAGCGCGAUCUCCUUUUUCUGGCUGAUUCAUUUAUUAUCCCACUUUUUCACUUUUCAUCUGCCACUUGACGAGGAUUUCUGUUUCAUUCAUCUGUACAUUUCGUUCACCUUCAUUCCAUUCUUAUCGCUCAUUCCGUCAUAUUUUUAUUGUUUCAUGACAAGUGUUGAAUAAAAUAACCAGGGAAUUCA